UCUAGGUUUAAUGCCUACCUUAAGGGUUUAAUAAAAAUCCCUUUGAUUGUCAUUUGAUUGUCUCGUUAUUUUUUAAUCAAUUUGAUUUAUUUUUUCGCUGCAAUUUAAUUAAAUAAUUACAAGUGAUCAUGGGUCGAAAGUUUUUUGUCGGUGGUAAUUGGAAGAUGAAUGGAUCCAAGGCAAUGAUUAGUGAGAUUGCUAAUUUCUUGGGUGAGCCUUUGGAUUCGGAAGUUGAAAUUGUCUGUGGUGCUCCAGCAAUUUACUUGGAAUAUGCUAAAACUGUUUUACCAGCCAAUGUUUCCCUUGCUGCUCAAAAUUGCUACAAGGUUAAAUCAGGAGCAUUUACUGGUGAGAUUAGUCCAGCAAUGAUUAAAGAUAUUGGCCUUAAAUGGGUGAUUCUUGGACAUUCUGAAAGAAGAAAUGUUUUCGGUGAAAAAGAUGAGUUGAUUGGUGAGAAGGUUGGACAUGCUCUAGAUGAAGGACUUUCAGUAAUUGCUUGUAUUGGUGAAUUAUUGGAGGAAAGAGAAGCCGGUAAAACAACCGAUGUUGUUUUCGCUCAAAUGUCCGCCAUUUCCAAAAACGUUAAAGAUUGGAGUCGUGUUGUGAUCGCCUACGAGCCUGUUUGGGCCAUUGGAACUGGUAAAACAGCUUCACCAGCUCAAGCUCAAGAAGUUCAUGCUCAGCUUAGACAAUGGUUGAAGGAAAAAGUUUCCGCUGAAGUUUCAGCUGCCACCCGAAUCAUUUACGGUGGUUCAGUUACCGCUGGUAAUUGUAAAGAGUUGGCAAAAGAAGGAGACAUUGAUGGUUUCCUUGUUGGUGGAGCUUCUUUGAAAAAAGAUUUCGUUCAAAUUGUCAACGCUAAAAAGUGAUCAACUCAACAAGUCUAAUUUUCAUGUUGAUCAUCAACUAAUCAUCUGAGUAGUUAAAAAAGAAAGAGAGUCUAAGCUAAUUAUUUUGAAAUGUUUCUAGAUCAUCAUUGCUUAUCCUUUGUCCAUCCUAUGGAUUAAUGUUUCUGAUUUAAUUUGUGUGUUGUCCAUUAGAUUAAAUUUUCACUCUUGAUCUGAUGAUAAAUUUUAAUCUUGAAACCUCAUCAUUUUAUCAGAUUAAACAAUUUAUCUUA